AUGGCGGAGGAGCUGCAACCAGCCGAGCACGGGUGAGUGGAUUUUAAUAUACUUUUUACGAAGUUAUUAUGAUGAGCUAUUCUAAACCGUUCCAAAUCCACAAUUUACAGACUAUUUAAGGAAUGAUUGGCUACCCCGUUGCGCGAUAUGCCUCAUCGUUAAUGACUGAUGUAAACGUUCUUUUUUUUAAAAGCCCAAUUACUUGAUUUUAGUAGGCCCGACUAGAAUUCAAAUGCAUAGCCAUAUAGCGCCUCUUCCAUGAAAUCUUUGAAUUCACUAAAAUAUGUCCGAUUUUGGGACAAAAUGAUGCAUGUUAUUUUAUUUUUAUUAAAUGAUCUACCUUGACAAAUGGAAAUAUUCCUUCCUGUGAACUUGGUGCCGCUACGUCACGUGGACCUUUGAAUGUACAGUAUUUAUUACAGAAUGACAUCGCUCAGUGGAGAUAAGAUUAUUCGACCGUGGAUAUGUCUGUCACUACCAAGACACAGACACACAACCACCAGGCAUUGUAGCCAGCCACAUAACUUUGUGACAUUACGAAUGCGUUUCAAACCUGUAGCUAAAAAUACUCUUAUCAUUGAUUCCAUAAAGGGUUUUGUUCCUUGUUACACUGAAAGGAAGACCCAAUAGAUCGUACAUUAGCCUAUCUUACUAGUCAGCCAGAGGGAGACCUUGUUGCACAUUGGUUGUAAUGUUGUUUUAAAUUAAACAUAGCUAGACUACUGUAGAUAAGGGGACGUUAUUGUAGAAGUUUGUUUAUAAGGCUGUCGUUGUUUUAGAAGUCUGACUCCGUGAUCGUUGGACGUCAAAGUUCACUGAGUCACUGGGUUUAUGAGUUUACUUCGAGAACAUCAGCAGGAUCCUUUACGCAAUGUUGUGUGUGCUGGUCCAGGUGGAUAUCCAGUUGGCUUCCAUCUUGGUGCCCCACCUCCCCUUCUCAGCUGAAGGAUGCAGAGGACAAAAUGCUCAAGGGUAAGAGUGUGUGCCUACAUCCUGUCUCCUACCCAUCAUACUUGCACAUCUUAUCUCCUCUCUCUUAUUUUGCGCUCCCUCCCUGUUCCCUCCAUCUCUCUCCUCCAUCCCUCCAUCCAUUUCUCUCGUCCAUCCAUUUCUCUCCUCAGCUGUGAAGACCCCAUUCUCCAGGCAAGAUGUCCCGAUAUCCAAUGGCAACUAUCUCUGGACCAUAGCCUUCAACGCCAAGGCACAUCCCUCCCCCCAGCCCCAGUCUCAGCCUCAUCCCACUUCUCUCCAGCCCUCUCUCCAGCCCCAUCCCCGUCCUCCGCUGGUGCUUCUCCAUGGGUUUGGGGGUGGUGUGGGUCUGUGGGCUCAGAACCUGGACUCUCUGUGUGGCAGUGGAGCAGUGUAUGCCCUGGAUCUGCUGGGUUUCGGUCGAAGCAGCAGGCCCCUGUUCAGCAUGGACCCACAGGGGGCAGAGGAGCAGUUCCUAGGGGCCCUGGAGGAGUGGAGAGACAGGGUGGGCCUGGAGGAGAUUAUCCUGCUGGGACACAACCUGGGAGGAUACCUGGCUGCUGCAUACACACUCACACACCCACACAGGUUAGAGGGAUGA